AUGGAAAUUGACGCAACGUGGAAAGGACUGCCUGACAAGUUCAAGGAGAGUGUCGUUAAGGUGUUGGAUUUCAAAUCGAGAUGUGCACUCAAAAAAUGCUCCGUUGCAGACUACACCAUGGUAGACUUGGUGCCGAUCAACACAAGACGGUUGGCUUUGACGGUGUACCAACGUUCAAUUGUCUUCUUUAUCGGCCCCGAAAAAAUAGAGUAUUUCCACGUCCAUCCACAAGACACCCGGCCGAUGAUAAUCGAAUACACCGCAAAACUAGGAGAUGGUCCGAUAAAGAAAGUUUUCCCUGGAAUCGUGAGCGCUGAUUUGGAUUAUGCGGUUCGAGAUUUUGCUCAGGCUAUCCAACACGUCGACGCUUCAUUUGACAAAGUUGAUUUCCAAUUUGCAGAAGGGAUUAAUCCAGAGAGAGCUGAACUCUUGAGCCGGAAGCUUGUGGGGCAAUUGAAUAGAAUGAAGCCAGAGUGGACGCUCAAAGCCCACUGUUUCUACACCAAUUUUGUGAUUUCCGGACAGACAAUGCUCUACUUAAUAAGCAAAUUGGAUCCACAUUAUUUGCAGCAUCUCAGAAUCAAGCAUAUCACAUUGAAUCAAAACCAAGUCAGGGAAUUGACAAAUAUGUCACAAUGGAACAACGCGCAGUCCUUGUAUGUCGAAGAGAAAACUGAAAUUCCAGUGAGAUGCUUCUCCCACGUGGAAACGUUCUGGACUAAAACCGAUUUUAGGUUACCGCUUGAGGCAUGGAAUGUUAUUCAGAAUUACAUCGCCAGAAACCCUCCACAUGGUUCAUACUUCUAUGUUGAAUCAGAUGCACCUAUCAAUUACGCGAGAAUUCUCGAUGCUGGUCAUGUCCAAAUUGCUAUUAAUAUCAUUCGGACACCCUGGCAGGAUUCCCUCAUCCAACACAGCCAAGCUUUCAAUCUAGCAACCAGAAAUAAUGUGCUUCUAGUAUUGUUUAUGGAACAUGCGAUCACUGGAAGGGUUUGCAGAACGGAUUCAUAUGUUGAUGACAGUAUGAAAUUCUACACUGGCUAUACCUUCGAACCGACUCUUGCCAAUCGAUAA